AUGUAUGGUAAACGUAAACUGGAGUAUGGUGUUGUUGGGUCGUCCUCUUUUGGAGCUGCACCGGUUUUUCGGCGGCCUAGAUUUUCUUCACGGAUGCGUUCUGCCGGUGUUCUUCCAAAUUAUGUUGAUUUUGGUGAAUAUGAUUGCGUCUGUGAAUAUUGUGGAGCAUGUUUUUGGUUUGUCGAAAGGAGUCUAAAGGUGUCUAGAACUCAUCAUCCUAGAUAUGGUCAUUGUUGCAAGUCUGGUGAUGUUAUUCUCCAUUAUCCUUCUUUUCCGCCUGAAUAUGUUGCGAUUUUUCAUAGCGAUUGUUUUUUGAGGGAUAUUAGAGCUUAUAAUAGUAUGUUUGGUAUGACGUCUUUUGGGGCUAAUGUUGAUGAGGAAAUAAAUGAUGGUCAUAGUCCGUAUGUGUUUAAGGUUUCGGGACAGAUUAGUUAUAAAAUUGGUUCCUUCUAUCCUGAUCCUACUAAGGGGCCUAGGUUUCUUCAGUUGUAUCUCUUUGAUGCUGAUAAUGAAGUGAGCAACUGGUUGAUUGCUUUUCCGAAUCGUAGAAGAAAUGAUUUCGAUGCCAAUAUAGUUACGUUUCUGAUAACGUUUUUGAAGGCCAAUAACGAAUAUACCAUCGUAUUCUGUUCGUUUGUUUAA